UUCCUUAUAAAAGUCACUGAAUCUGCUCCCGAUGUCAAAUCCACUUUAAAGAAGUGAAGACAUCAUGAGCAUGCUCUCCCUGUCAGUCCUGCUCCUGCUCCCUGGCAUUCUCUUCUGCACCCCAGAGGUUCCCACCUAUGAACACCAAGACCGUAUAACAGGUGAAAUUCUCCAGUGCAAAAAAUGCGAACCGGGAACUUACCGCACCGCUCACUGCACUGCAGGCAAGGAUACACGGUGCGCACCAUGUCAGCCUGGCCACUACACGGAGCUGUGGAACUACCUUAACAGGUGUCUGUACUGCAACAACUUCUGCUCACAAAACCAGGAAGUGGAGACUGAGUGCUCUAAACUCAGCAACAGAGUCUGUCGUUGCAAAGCAGGGUUUUACAUGAUGGAGGACUUCUGUGUCAGACACACAGAAUGUGGCCCUGGACAUGGAGUUCAGGCUAUAGGUACACCAACAAAGAACACAGUGUGUGAAAAAUGUCAGAAAGGAUAUUUUUCCAGCUCUUCUUCUGCCUCGAAUCAGUGUGUAAAACAUCAGGCCUGCUUAGGAGAACAAGUCAUCCUCUUCCAAGGCUCAGCGUUCCACGACACAGUCUGUGGCACCUGUCAAAGUCUUGCAAAUGGAGGUGAUGACCUCAGAGCAGUCCUGUCUGCAUCAUUUACUGGGAGCAGGAUACCAAGAAGAGAUUUAAAAAGACUUAUUCACAAGAUCAUUCAUAAGAAUCAAGAGGAUGAUUGCACCGGAGACUCAGCUCUACCAAAGCAGAGAGGCCCUCUUGUAGAUGUGAUCAGAGCGUGGCUGGCCCAGGCUUCUGCAGAGCAGCUGAAAAUGCUGGCUAAAUCCAUGAGGGAUUCCCAGUUUAGCUCCAUAGGAACUAAACUAGAAAGCAUCCUUGAUGAAAUUAAGCAGCGGAAUCCUACCUGCAGUCUAUAAAAUCUGUGUGGGGAGCCUGUGCUGAACUUAAACGUCCUUUCUCAUAGUGUUUGUUUACUGAACAUAUUUUUUACAGAACGCUUUUAAUUUUGCAAUCAUGUGCAGCAUUACUGGGAGUAACAGACGUUAUCAGUAUUACUAAAUGUUCUUCAUGACUCUAUAGGCUGGAAAAAAAACUGUUCAAUCUUUGUUUUAGUUUCCUGUACGAUGGGCCAGGUUCCCAUUCAUAAGAGCAUAAUGACGUAUUAUUUUGAAUAUCCCGGUGAAGUACUGAACUAUAUUUGUGUCAAAAAUAAGCUUUAGAAUAUUAUGAAAAGAAUGUAAAACAUUUUGUAAACUACAUGAAGUCAAACUGAAUUAAUAAACUGUUCUCGUACGGCAACAAAAAUAAAGUUCAAGUUGUAUUAAGUAA